AUGGCCUUGAAGCGCCAUCGGAUGCUGCUCCGACAACGACUGCAGCGGGCGACCUUCGCCACGAAGCGCUUGCCGCUUGAGAAGCAGCGCGCGUUCGUCGACGUCGUCCGCGUCUUCCGCGACCUCCAGGCGCCGACCUCCGACUACACGCUGCUGCCAGCCGUCUUUCGCGUGCCGGACGCAGCGCCAUGGCCGCCGACAGCCCGGUCGACGACCGUCUCCGUCUACCACGUGCGCGCAGCGUAUGAGCAAGGCACGCUCGCGCCCGAGAUCGUCGACGAGCUCAAGCAGCUGCGGUUCGUGUGGCGCCAGCGCGACCACGUCUGGGAGCGCAACCUCGAAGCGCUCGAGGCGUACAAGGCCCGGUUCGGGUCGCUGCACAUCGUGCCGAGCUUCACCAUCGCUGUGGACGACACGUCGUGGCCAAAGGACUUGCGCGGCCUCCAACUCGGCGUGGUCGUGCACAGCUAUCGCCGGCUCGCGCAGCAAGGCGCCUUGCCAUUGGCGAAGCGGCACGUCCUCGACGAGCUUGGCUUUGUGUGGCACGUGCGUACGUGGCAGUGGGAGAAGAAGCUGCUCGCGCUGGCCACGUACCGCAAGAUCUACGGCAACCUCCACGUCCCCCGGGACUUUGUCGUGCCCGUUCACGACGGCUGGCCAUCCGAGAUUUGGCAGCUCCAGCUCGGCGACGCCGUCGCGACCUUCCGCCACCAUGUCGAUAGGCUGCUGCCCGAGCGCGUCGACGCCCUAAACGCGCUCGGCUUUGUCUGGGACAUGAACGAGGCCGAGUGGGACCGAAAGCUGCGCGCGCUCACGACCUACAAGGCGUUGUAUGGCCACGUCGACGUGCCUCGCGCGUUCAUUGUGCCCGAGGACGACCUCGAGUGGCCCCGCGACGUGUGGGAACUCGAGCUCGGCCACGUGGUCGCCAACCUCCGCGCCAGCGAAACGCUCUCGGCCGAGCGGCGGGCGGCGCUGGACGAUCUCGGCUUUGCGUGGCAGUACUUUGAGGCCGAGUGGGCGCGCAAGCUCCAAGCCCUCGCGCAUUACAAGGCGCUGUAUGGCGAUAUGAACGUCCCGAGUACGUUUACGGUCCCGCAGAACGACAAAAUGUGGCCAGAUCGGCUGUGGUGGAUGCCUCUGGGGCUCAUUGUCCAGCGGCUACGCGCGCAGCGUCACGACGGCCUCACCGACGAGCGUCGCGCCGACCUCGACCGCCUCGGGUUUGCGUGGACGCGACCGAAGAAGAAACUUUAA